GAGCAAAUGUCUGCAACGCACCAGCAAUGCGGUUUCUCCGGAAAUUCCGAUCUGUACGGCCUCGGAAUCAGGAUAGGUGUCUACCUCCAGUGGUUCACCUCGCAGAUCGCAUUCUACUUCCAUCUGGAAGGCUCUAAUGAUCUAUCCGAUGCCUACAUCCUUUUCUCAAUUGCACUGGAGAUUGCGCUAUUUGUUUUGACUUUUCAAGAUGGAACUUACACGAUUGAGAUUGUUGUCAUGUUCUACAUGUUCUUUGGUGGGAUUCUCUCUGUAAAAGGCUACCGAAAAAGAUUUCAAGAAGCUAUGCCAACAACGUGGCGGUUGCUACUUGGAAAUGCCACAAUCAUGGCGAUGUCAAUAUAUGGAUCUUGGUUCUGGAUUAAAGGCAGGUCCGGCGAUCGUUUCCUUGCUACGCCCUGCGGGAAUACCGUCUUUUUGUUUGGAAGAAUUCCAGCUCGACACUUUGAAAGAGCAAGCAACUUUUUUGCAUUUCUUUCGCUCUACUGCGCUGUCGCCAUAGUAUUUGGCCUUGUCCUACUCUACAAAGGACCCCUCAUGAAUAUCUUUCGAUACAGGGCGACCCGCCGCUCAUCCGUCGACGCAAGGAACCAAACGCGCAGGGCUGACUUGAUCGAGUGGAUAAACAAGGAAGCCCAACCAUCACUCGCCCUCUUCCUUCGAUACUCUUGUGCGUUGUCCUCCACAAGCGCACUCUCUGCACACCUAGUGGAUAUUAGGCUCGACGGUCUUCACAUCAGCGCCGAUGGUGGCACCACAAAAUAUGUCGUCCCAAUUCAACCAGCCAUGAAAAGUUAUGGCGAAAUAUGGGAUCGUCUCAAAGAAAUGCAUGUUGAGGCGGAUGAAGCAGUACGUGACGGAUCCAUUGGCGCCGAGUCCGAUGUUACAAGCGUUCUUGGACGCCUGAGGGUCAGUCGCCGCCACCUACGACGAGCAUUCAAAGUAUUCCGCUCUUACGAGUAUGGAGUUUCCGAACGUCGAGCAAAGCAGCAGUGGAUCAAAAUGCUGCUACAAAUGAUCCACUCCUGUGCCCCGAUCUACUCAAUCCUCGCAAUUGAGCUGACCUUGAAAUGGAAUAAGGUUUCCGGUGUUUACACUGUGAACUCCACUGGUCAGCUCAUCCCGUUUGUCAUUGGUGUGGCCGGUUUUCUGAAGGUCUUCGACGACGUCAAAGGCAAAUACAAGCAAAGGAGACUUGAAAAGAAAAGAGAGGAACUGAAUCAUGGAAUGGGGGAGCAUGGAGCGACUUCAGCAGACCAGAUCGAACUUGUCCACGUAGCGCCUGAGUACCACAAUAGCUAUGGUAUGCAGUCCGCUGACGGCAAAUGGGUCUAAUUCGAGAAAGGCAAUGGAAGACCUGGGCUGGGCGGUAUCAAGAUGGUGCAAUCCCACCCGUGACUUCGCAAGCUAGAUUCUGGUCGAUUACACGUUGUUGUUUUCUUCAUUGGUGGUAGUCCGAUUUCCUGCAUGGCUUGUGUUACCUAGGUAUGGGAUGAACCCUGGUUCUUUCACCUGGUAGCCUGCCCACGUUUACUUAGCGUACCACCAGCAAUGGGUUUUUCUACGCGAUCGCUCGAUACAAAUUUUCUCUCCCUAGUAAAUUCUUCGUAUACAAUAGCUACAGGCUUUACAGCCGAUUAAUACAAGCUUCAUAUUCACAACCCUUA